UGUGUGUGUGGAGUACAGGAGACAAACUCCAGGAAAACGGACGGCGCUGGCGCACGAUGCGGCUGCUUUAGUGACACUUUUGUGGCGCAAAGAGAAGAGUCUGUGUGGACAUGAGGAUAUUUUUUGGGGGGGCAAUUUCUAAAAGUAAGGCCACUCCGUACAGCCGCGGGAUAAUUUUAUGAGCGCAAUUACAAGUGUGACUGUGACGGUUACUAAUGAGAUUGCGCAGCGACCACACAGCUGUCCACUGAGGAGAGGAGGUGCCGCUGAGCGACACCCGCCAAUGUUCACCUUUGGUUGGAACUUCACAACAAACGGUUAAGACAGAAACGUACGUUUCUUAAUUGUUUCCCCUCGCGCUGCAGUCAGUACAAAAGUGGGAUAACAAAAAUGGCAGAGCACGAGAGUCUGGAGUUUGGAAAAGCUGACUUUGUGCUCCUGGACAACGUGUCCAUGGAAGAAUUCAUGGCCAACUUAAAACUCAGGUUCGAGAAGGGGAGGAUUUACAGUUAUAUCGGAGAGGUGGUGGUGUCCGUCAACCCCUACCGUGCCAUGAACAUCUACGGCCGCGACACCGUGGAGCAGUACAAGGGCCGCGAGCUGUACGAGAGGCCGCCCCACCUCUUUGCCAUUGCUGACGCUGCUUACAAAGCCAUGAAGAGGCGGAACAAAGACACUUGCAUUGUCAUCUCAGGGGAAAGUGGAGCAGGAAAGACGGAAGCGAGCAAGUAUAUAAUGCAAUAUAUCGCUGCUAUCACCAAUCCUAAUCAGAGGGCUGAAGUUGAAAGGGUAAAAAACACGCUGCUUAAAUCCAACUGUGUGUUGGAGGCGUUCGGUAACGCCAAGACCAACCGCAACGACAACUCCAGCCGCUUUGGCAAAUACAUGGACAUCAAUUUUGACUUCAAAGGAGAUCCCAUCGGAGGCCACAUCAACAACUACCUGCUGGAAAAGUGCAGGGUGAUUUUCCAGCAGGAAGGAGAGAGGAGCUUCCAUUCAUUCUACCAGCUGCUCAGAGGAGCGCCAGAUUCCUUGUUACGCUCGCUUCACAUCCAGAAGGAUCCAACAGCCUACAACUACAUCAAAGUCGGAGGCCAGAUUAAGUCUUCCAUCAAUGACGGAGCUGAUUUCAAAGCUGUAGCCGAUGCCAUGAAAGUCAUUGGCUUCACAGGCGACGAGAUUAAUACUGCUUACAAAAUCCUGGCCACCAUCCUGCAUCUGGGAAACCUAACGUUUGGUGUGGACGGUGACGUGACGUUGAUCGAGAACACAAAGCUGGUGUCUGUGAUCAGGGAGCUGCUGUCCACAAAGGAGGAGAACGUGGAGAAGGCCCUGCUCUAUCGCACGGUGGCCACGGGGCGAGACGUGAUCGAAAAACAGCACACGGCACAAGAGGCCAGCUACGGACGCGACGCUCUUGCCAAGGCCAUGUAUGAGCAUAUGUUCUGCUGGAUUGUGGGACGAAUCAAUGACAUCAUCGAGGUGCGAAACUAUGACGCAAAAGUCCACGGUAAGAACACGGUCAUCGGGGUGCUGGACAUCUACGGCUUUGAGAUUUUCCAGAACAACAGCUUUGAACAAUUCUGCAUCAACUACUGUAAUGAAAAGCUGCAGCAGCUGUUUAUCCAGCUGGUGCUGAGGCAGGAACAGGAAGAGUAUCAAAGAGAAGGCAUCCCUUGGAAACAUAUUGAUUACUUCAAUAACCAGAUCAUUGUGGAUUUGGUAGAGCAGCAGCAUAAAGGCAUCUUCUCUGUCCUCGACGAGGCUUGUAUGAACGUGGGCAAAGUCACAGAUGAGGUUUUCCUCCAAGGACUUAAUGGCAAGCUGGCCAAACACGCCCACUACACCAGCCGAAAGCUCUCACCGACCGAUAAGAGUUUGGAGUUUGACAGGGACUUUCGCAUCAGGCACUACGCAGGAGAUGUUGUGUACUCAGUGGUGGGUUUUAUUGAUAAGAACAAAGACACUCUGUUCCAGGAUUUCAAGAGGCUGCUCUAUAACAGUUCUAACCCAGUACUGAAGGGGAUGUGGCCUGAGGGCAAACUCAGCAUCACUGAGGUCACCAAACGUCCACUGACGGCUGCAACGCUCUUCAAAAACUCCAUGAUCUCACUGGUGGAGAACCUGGCCAGCAAGGAGCCCUACUAUGUUCGCUGCAUCAAGCCCAACGAUGUCAAGUCGCCUCUGCUGUUUGAGCACGAACGCUGCCGCCAUCAGGUGGAAUACCUCGGGCUGCUGGAGAAUCUUAGAGUGCGCCGUGCCGGCUUUGCCUACAGGCAGACAUACCCACGCUUCCUACAGAGAUACAAGAUGAUCUCAGAGUUUACGUGGCCCAAUCAUGACCUGCCGUCAGACAAAGACGCAGUAAAGAGGCUCUUGCAGGGAUGCAGGUUUGACCACGACGCGGCCUACGGCAAGACUAAGGUCUUCCUCCGCACACCGCGGACCCUCUUCAGCCUGGAGGAUCAGAGAGAAGAAAUGGUCCAAAGGAUCGUCCUCUUUCUCCAGAAGGUGUGGAGGGGCACCAUCGCCAGAAUGCGUUACCGGCGGAUGCGAGCGGCGCUCGUCAUCCUUCAGGCGUACCGCCGCUACAAGGUGAAGUCCUACAUCCGUGAGGUCAUCCGUCGCUUCAAGAACGUCCGCUCCAUGAAGGACUACGGCAGACACGUGAAGUGGCCGACGCCCCCCAAAGUCCUGCGCAAGUUCGAGGAGGCGCUCAAGAACAUCUACAACAGGUGGUGGGCAUGGACACUGAUCAAAGGCCUUUCUCCAGAGGAGACUCUGCAGGUGAGGGCCAAGGUAGCCAGUCUGGAGGCCCUGAAGGGCCACAGGACGGACUUAGGCCUUCAAAGAGCCUGGGAAGGAAACUAUCUGAAGCGAGACAGCCCCGACACAGCAGCGUCAUUCACACUCGUCUCCAGCGAGCUGCAGCGGAAAGACAAAUUCAUGAGAGUCCUGUUCUCCUGCAAUGUGCGCAAGAUCAACCGUUUCCACAAGGCAGAGGACAGAGUGGUGCUCAUCACUGACCGCCACCUGUACAAGAUGGACGCCCUGAAGCAGUACAAGCCCAUGAAGAGCAUCCCCCUCUAUAACGUGACAGGAAUGAGCGUGUCCCCUGGGAAGGACCAGCUGGUUGUGUUCCACACCAAGGACAGCAGGGAUCUGGUCGUGUGCUUGAAGGGUAUGGUCCCUGCCAAUGAGAGCCGCAUUGGGGAGCUGGUCGGCACCCUGCUCAGCCACUUCAAGAGCGAGAAGAGGAAGCUGCAGGUGAACAUCGUGAGUCCCAUCCAGUGCAGCAUGAACGGGAGGAAGUGCACGGUCAUCGUCGAACCCAAGAUCAACCAGUCACAGCCGGACUUCACCAAGAGCCGAUCUGGUUACAUCCUGGCUGUUCCUGGAAACUGAAAUGGGUCGAAAAAACAGUGGCAGCUGAUUCCAAACCAGGCCAGAAUCAUAAUUGAUGAAUCACUACGUCGGGUUCAUGUCUUGUUGUUUUUUUUUUUGCAGAGCUGCUGAUGAUGUGGCAUCAUCACAGCGGCUCUGAAGGAGGAUUGAGAGUAUUUGAAUCUUCAAAUUGCUAAGCCAUGCCAAAAUUAACCUUUUAUUAAUAUAAUUUCUUUGCAAUAUUACGUUGAAAAUUAAGUGUACAAUUUGCUUACAUGCAAAAUCGUCAUAGCUGAAUAUAAUGCACUACAAGAUCAUCCAUCAAGUGAUGCUCUUCUUUUUCAACCCCAAAAUGAUUUGCUAUGUGCAAUAUAGAGUUUAGUGGAUUGAUUAUUGUCAGGGUUAGAGAAGAUAUCGCAGAUACUGCAGAUAUUGCAUCUUCUGUUGCAUAAUUGCACAAAUUAAAUGUAAAGGUUUUGCCGGAAUCGUUAUUCCCACGCAAUUCAGCAGCAACAGAAGUGAAACCCUAAAAAAAUUAGGAUAUAUAUGAGAAAUGUUCAAUCAAUUUGCUUUAAAGUAAAAGAAGAAAACAGUGGUUGUAAAUUAUAUUCUAAGGAAUAAUAAUGUCAAAGACCAAAGUAGUAAAUGAGAGGAAUAUAGCUUAUUAAAUGUUUACAGUCACGUAUGGAAACAUCCAAGUCACUGUUUUCAGUCACAGGAUGUUAAGUCGGAUGUGUUGAGCAUAUCCGGAACAUCACAGCCUGUAACAUACAAAGUGCUAAAUUUUGUUAAUUUAAAUCCUUGCAUCUUAUAUUCUCUUUUACUUUUUAUAACACUAUAACAAAAAGCAGCACAAGAUCACAACUAUGUGUUUACUCAGCAGCAGCUACACUGCAUUUCAUGUGCAGAGGAAGAAGACGUGUAUGAAUAUGAUAACCAAAGCUUUCGCUAUUUUUGGUUCAUAAAUCUUCUCAAAUGUAAGUCUUAACGCUUUCGCUGAGCAACAAAGUGUUGCUGGCCAGUACUGUAUAAUCCCACGUUAAAUCCCGGGCCCUGAACUAGGUCUCAUUUGCUGUCAGGUUGUCUCAUUUUGUCAAGUGAAUAGCCGAACGACUUGUCGUGGCCCUCAGUCCUUUGAGAUAGUCUUCUCCUCUACAAAUAUCUGCUUCAUGUGAGUGUGUGUGUGGAUUAGUGCUCUCAGUUGUCUUCUCGCUGCAGCGACUGGGAGCCUGGCCAGUGUCCAGAGUGACGAGGGAGACGACGGAGGAGUCUGUAAUCAGACUGCUGUCCUACUUUACCUUCUCGUCUAAUGGUGGGAAUGACUUUUCGUGUGAAUGCUGGACUGUCGGGGGAAGGCGGUGCGCGUCUGAUCUCCCUUCACUUUUAUGCGGCCAAAUCACACUGAUCCACGUCGCGAUCGCUCAGUUCGGUUUGCACUGUUUGCACGAGCUGUGUUUUCACUGCUUUCAUUCGUCAGUGUCCUGAGUUUAGACACAUUUUUUUCAGAUCGGAAAACAAUUUUAGUAUCUAAUCUAGUGUUUUGUUUUAUUUGAUGUUAUUUUCUGAUCAGUCCAGUCCUCCACAAGUGUACAAUUGCUUUAAAAAUAAAGAAUCAGCCAUUUAUGUACAUUUUAGACAAAGGCCUUUCAUUACGCAGGCUGCCAUCAUAAAUAGGCCACCAUGUUUCUACAGCAUCGUUCAUUUCUUUCACUAAUGACACACACCGGACCUUCGCUUAAUAUCAAGUUACAAUGACUUAUUUCUGUCUCUUUUUUUUAUUUACAGACUCAUUUUGCAUCACGUUUAUCGUGAAUAUUUCACUUUUAUUUUGAAAUUCUGCAAAAUAUAAACAAAAAACAUUUUUGCAAUAUUAUUAAGGAAUGUUGUGAUAUAAUUUUUCCCUCAAAAAGUUGGAUUUUUUUCACGUCACCGGCUCCCAUCCUGAUCAGACAAGACACUGAGACCCCUAAACUACAGUCUUUCUUGAUGGAUUGAAUUGAUGCAUAGAGUGAUGACUUUAUUCGAGUGCCAUCAUAACGACAUGGAAGUUAAAACCCAACUGUGUGUCACCUUCUUUCCCACAGGCACAGUAUUGUCUCUAUGUUAAGUGCAGAGAACACUUUCUCACAGUGUGUGAAUCCGGGCUCCCUCUGCGCUUGGCCUAGUUGAAGAAGCCGGGACACUCUUGUGACCUUAACUUCAAACUUGUUAGCGGUCACUCUAUCCGUGGCGGCACAGCCCUCUUGUAAUUGUGCCCGAGUGUCGUCUGAACCGGUCGUUUAUCUUAAUUAGCUAACCCUCUCAUCCUUUGAAGAAGCAAAUCUCCACUGUACCUCGCAGCUCUGCGGUUGGACGACCUCGGCGUGUUGUGUGAUAAGGCACUUCGCAAUUUUGGGGCGUAUUCAUCGUGUGGAUUAAGGAAGUGACAUUGGGAGCAUUAAUACACAGUUUUCAUCGCAGCUUAGGUGCAGCGGCUCACGCUGAGUGUGUGUAUGUGGACUAUGCCACUGUCGCUCUCCAUAUCCUUCAGCAUGGUAAUCUCCCACAGGGCUUCUCCUCUCCUCCACUGCUCGGCUAUUCACCGCUCAUCAUUAGGAUGGACUCGAUGUCACUUCUCACUUCAGUGCUUCUCUCUGGGCUAUCUUAAGGCAAAGGGAGGUUGGUGAGCAAAAGCCUCGCUUGGCCUCCUCUCCUCCACUCCCUCUGCCGUCUUUUUCCUCUCCCCUCCAUCCUUUUUCCUCUCCCCUGUCAAAUCACUUGGCUCCUCGCCCACCUGGGCCGAGUGUAUCGUGCUGCAGGGCAGCGAAGGUUUUUUUUCUGUUUUUGUUUUGUUUGUUUUCUGCUCGCUCUCCUGUGCCCAGGAGGCAUGGAAUUGGAAAUGGAAAAGGAAAAUAGACAUAGUAACAGAACAGAUCACACAAUGGGACUAUCACGCAGCAACAAAAGACAAAGACAAAGCAGAUUAUGUUCACCGGGAAUGUCAAUACUGUGGUUCUGGUAAAGAUGCAGCUCUUAUUGUAAACAAAUCCCAUGUUAAGACCAAAACCUGCAUUGUUCUAUAUUGCGCAAUUUGUGUACAUAUAUAUAUAUAUAUGUAUAUAUUUAUAUAUAUAUAUAUGUAUAUAUUUAUAUAUAUGUAUAUAUUUAUAUAUAUAUAUAUAUAUAUAUAUAUAUAUAUAUAUAUAUAUAUAUAUAUGUAUAUAUCCACACUUCUCAGUAGGACCUGUUCAUUGUUGGUUUGGUCUUUUAUGAGUUUUGUUGUGGAACAUCACCAGACUGGUCAUUUAAUGAGUUAGUUUUUGUUGUAAUUACUGUUCUGUUGUGUCGAUGAUCAGCUUGACCACAGUGUAAUUGAUGUCAUUUCCAUUAGGAAUGGUAACACUAUAGGGGUUUGUGCCAAAGGGAAGAACACAAUUCUUCCCUUUGCUCUCCACUAUAGUUUUCAGUACUUUUUAUUUCUUGGACUAACACACUAAGACUCUUAUUAUCAAACCUCCAUGUUGGCCAAAGAGUAACACACCCUGUUUUCUUUUAUAAUUUAUUCUGUAGCUUGAAGCGGCAACAUCGUCUAAAUGUGUAUGUAUUCAGCAUUCCAUCAGUAUGUGCCUAAUUUUAUGUUAAGGUUAUAUUUGAAUAUUUUGUGUAAUAUUUCACUACUACCAACCAUGAAUAUACUGUAAUACUCGGGCCAAGUCUAAAGGGAACUGUUCCUAUACUGUUUAGUGCACAUAUAUUCUGUAUAAAUGCAGAUGAUGCAUUUCCAAGAUGAUCCAUAAUGAACAAAAAAUGAAUUAAUCUUUUUAUUAAUAAAUUUAUUUGCUUCACA